ACCGCGCGGCAAGCCCCAGCGCACGCGCAGAAAUAGCAGCCUAGUUAAAUUAAUUUAGAGGUUGUCUGUUUAAAUUUACCACAGAUAAUAAAUCGUUUCUGACGUUUAACAUUUGAUUUCCGCGCGCUUUUUUCUGAGCGGGAUUCAGUUGUGUUUGAAUAUUGUUUUUUUUUCUAUGUUAUCUGCAGUCUAAGGAAUAAAUCAAAAUGUUCCACGGAGGCAUUUGGAGCAAACUUCAGAAUUUCUACAAGUGGUACGUGCUGGGCUUGGUGUCGGUCGGCUACAUUCUUGGCGAAUUGGGACACUACCUCAUUGGAACGACAUCAAAAGUAACGGCAGAGGAUCUACAUUAUGGAGACAAAUCUUGUAUGUUGAACGCGACCCACCUGACUCUCAGUCAGCUGCCGGUCGUGUGUGAGAAGGUCAACUCCAGUGAUAUGUGUGAGACUCUUACACUAAAUGGAUCCAGAUACUGCGAAUGGGGCUAUAAUGGACUGGGAAUUGAUUACCAAGUUCUCGCCGGUCCAGCCUUCAUGGCGGUGUUCACAGUCGUCGGUGUCAUCCUCGGCGUGGCGGCUGAUAGAUUUAACAGAAGUCGCAUCUUAAGUGUAUGCACGUUGAUAUUUGUAAUAGCCAUUCUUCUUAUGGGAACCGUAAAAGAAUACUGGCAUUUAGUUCUCCUACGGAUGGUAAUGGCGGCUGGAGAAUCCGGUUGCAAUCCGCUAGCAACGGGCCUUUUGACGGACUUGUUCCCUGAACAUCAAAGGGCGCUGGUCUUAUCUAUAUUCAACUGGGGUAUAUAUGGCGGCUACGGAAUCGCGUUUCCCGUUGGGAGGUACAUCCCGGAUAUUAAUGCUUGGGGACUGAGCUGGCGAGUCUGCUACUACGGAGCUGGUAUCAUCGGACUUGUUAUCGCUGCGAUCACUUUCUUGACACUUCGCGAACCAGCUAGAACAACUAUCGGAGAAGAAGGAGCUGGCAACGCCAAAGGUGGGGACUCUGCUCUGGAAUCAGGAAAGAAAAUGCCUCAAGUCACCAUCUGGCAUGUGAUCGCGCAACCGAGAAUCAUUCUUCUUUGCUUGGCAGCCUCCAUCAGACAUUGCGGCGGUAUGACGUUUGCAUACAACGCGGACCUGUACUACCGUGACUAUUUCCCCGACGUCGACCUCGGCUGGUGGCUGUUCGCCGUCACCGUCGGCAUCGGCUCCAUCGGCGUCGUCGUCGGCGGCGUCGUCUCCGACAAAUUCGUGUCAAAGAUGGGUGUGAGGUCUCGAGUACUGGUCCUGGCUCUGUCUCAGCUGAUUGCGACGCUGCCGGCGUUUGGUUCAGUCGUGUUCGGACCCUUAUGGGCCAUGAUCACCCUCGCUAUCUCAUACUUCUUUGCUGAAAUGUGGUUCGGAAUCGUCUUCGCUAUUCUAGUGGAAAUUGUGCCUCUGUCGGUACGCUCAACGACCGUCGGCGUUUUCCUCUUCGUUAUGAACAACGUUGGAGGAAACCUGCCGAUUCUGGUCGACCCGGUCUCGAAGGCGAUCGGCUACAGAGAAGCUAUUAUGAUCUUCUACGCAGGCUUCUAUGGCAUUAGCAGCAUCAUGUUCUUCCUCACGAUGUUCUUGAUGGACGGUCCCGUGGAGAAGUCUGAGGCCACGGACGACAAGCCGAGCGGACUCGACAACAGAGCCUUCUCGCACGACGAGCUCAGGAACGGAAGGACAAACGAAAACAUCAGACUAUAAGACUAUGAUUCCAGUGAAAGACACAUUCGUUACAAAUGUUUUAAAUUAUGUUUAGCGUCGAUGUGGUAGAGUCCGAUUACGAGAUCGACCUUUGUUUUUAUGAUGGAUGUUGUGGUGAUGUUUUUGAAAAACUUCAACGAUUUUUGCAACAGGAAACGCGUUGUUUAAGUUAUACAGUUUCCCUGGUAUAAAUGAAUACAGACUCGUCUGGGUGGUACUCUUACUCGACAGUCCCCUAACACCAAAAAUAAUACAUUAUAUCCAUAUAUUCCGGCUUCAAGAUGAGGUGAGCCAGUGCAAUUACAGGCACAUUGAACAUCUUGGCUUUCCUAGUUGGAGCCGCCAAUCUAAGCGACGCCGACCAAAGUCUAAGUUAUUUAUAUAUUUUGCCCUUUUCAAAUUUUAAGUCUCGCUGCGUAUUUGGUACACUGGCCUUUUAACAUACACUGGUUAACUGGUCUAAAAGAAUGGCCUGUGACGUGGUGUUAUUGUUUUCUACUGUUAUUACUCAAUGAAAUGAUUUACAAAAAAAAAAAAAUCUAUGGCAAACAUCUGAAUUUAUAAAUGCUUUCAUAUUUGAUUUUUAAAUAUGAUCUUAUUUGAUUAAAACUGUAAAUUUAAAAAAUUAUCAUUAUAUUCAUUAAAUGUAAAAAAGAAAGUGCAAAUAAUUGAUUCUGCUUAAGUAAAUUAUAUUAUUAACUGUUCAUUCUACUACAAGGCCUCUCUAUUCUAUAAGACGUCUAUGAAAAUCAAAUGAUACUUAAAAAAUGUAUAUUGCUCAAUUCACUUUCAAAGUUCAAACGGAAAAUAUCAGUACGAAUUAAACAGACUAUGCUAAUUACUCUAUUAUUUUAUACAACUUUCUUUAGUUAAAAAAUAUCGUUCAUCUAGUUUGCUCUAGUUGUUCAUCUAGUUAGCUUGCAUGGCUACAAAACCCUACAAUAUACAUAGCACUCGAAAAAAAAUAGUUCCGUUUUUUCAGCAGUCAAUGUCAAAGGUAAAAAAAUAUCUGCCAUAAAAAAAUUAUGUCUUAGAUAGCAUUCAUAUGUUAGCUAACUUGUUAGACAUUUGAAUCAAACAACUCUCUAAGAAAAUCAGAAUAAAUGACGAAUUUCAAAUAUAUUUAUUUUAUCUUCCUUAUAUUUAAAAUUAAAUAAGUGUUCCAUUUAUAAAAUGGCUUUGUCCAAAGUGCGAGCGAGAAGAGAAAUACAUAUUGACAUAUGAAGAUAUGAGACAAAAUAUUGAAAAAGUUCUGUUUUAAAACUAUGCAUAACUAUGUACUUCCGUUCCUCUGUAGGUUAAGAAUUAAAUGUACAAGUAAGGUUGUUU